AUGACGCAUUGGUAGCUUCUCUUUUUGAGGAUUGCUGAAGCUCUAUGGAACAACCUAAAGGGAUUCUAACAGAAGAGCUGGAUUGAGAGAAUGAGGAUGACGCUGGCGUGGAGCGUGCUUUUUCUCGUAGUACUUCACGUACAGCUGAUGGCAUGCUCUCUCGCCAAUGCGAACCUGAGACAGGACAUCCUCAGCAGCUACGACAAGAACGUCCGACCGGUGAAGAACUUUAGCCGACCCACUGAAGUGCGCAUGGAUGUAUCCCUCCGCCAGAUACUCGGACUGGCUGAAAGAGAGCAGGUAUUGACAUCACUGCUAUGGAUACGUAUGUAUUGGACAGAUGAGUACUUGUCGUGGAAUCCGGUUCAGUAUGACGACCUCGACAACAUCCGAAUCCCAUCAGCUGACAUCUGGCUCCCUGACAUAUUUCUCUACAACAAUGCUGACACCUGGCAGACGGGAGAACUGGCGACCAACACUGACGUCAGCGUUACGUCAGAGGGUUACGUCACCUGGUUACAGCCAAUCACAGCCCGGACCUCUUGUAAAGUUCACACUGGGCUCUUCCCUUUUGAUAGCCAGGUCUGUGAUCUUCUGUUAGGUUCCUGGUCUUACGACGGUACUGAAAUCGACCUCUACAACACGUCUGAAUCAGGAGACAUCAGCAGUUUUGUAGAGAACGGCGAGUGGGACCUCCUGACUGUCGCGGCUCAAAGGGAACUCAACUACUACUCGUGUUGCCCCGAACCCUGGCCCAACUUGCGGUACCUAGUGGCACUGCAGCGAAGAGCUGACUACUAUUUGUUUACUUUUGUAUUGCCUUGUAUGGCGUCGAUAUUUGUGGUACUUGGGGGGUUCUUUCUUCCGACCAACGCGGCGGUUCGGAUUCAGCUCAACGUGACAGUGCUGUUGGCGCUGACUGUAUUCCUGAUGAUGGUUCAGGAGUCCAUGCCUACGUCAUCAGGGGACGUCUCUGUCAUAGGUGAGAUCUACACCACAGCCAUUGCCAUUGUCGGCCUAAGCACCUUAGCAACCGUGCUAGUCAUCAAUCUUAGCGAGAACGAUCGUCCUGUGCCUGCUUGGAUCGCCAGAUACUUUUCGGACACCCCCUCGAAAAAAAUCGGUGACCAUGGCGCUACACCUUCUUCCUACGGUCCCCACGCCACCAACGGUGACCUUCAUGCGCAGGCGCAAUCCAACGGCUACGAUAGCGAGGCUUGUGGUCACGUGGCCCACGCAAAGGACUAUGGGAAUGACGCCUCGCCGCCAUGUUGCCGCCAGUGCGAGAAUUUGAGAAAACUCCUGGGUACGAUGCAAAAUCAUUACACAAAUGCUGCAAAAGAACAACUCCGACGCAAAAUUUGGAAGCGUGUAGCCUUGUUGGUAAAUCAUUGUUUGUUGUUCAUGAUGUUCAUAGGGACUGUCACUGCAGUGAUUUUCAUCUUCGCCCCUGUCAUUGAGAAAAGUAAUCGAAUCGAUCCAAACUCGAAUAACCUCUAGGUAUUCUGAAGAGUUAUAAUAAGUAAAUCGAUUCACCAGUUAGGGAAAUAGGAAAGUAAUGUUCCUUUGGCACAACCUACCGGAUCGACCGUUUGGCGAGUACUUUCUUAACAAGAGACUUAUUGCCGCAACGCCAUCAUGUGGCAAUAAAAAGUACUACAGUCCAUUCAUAAAGGUGACUGAUGAGCUACUGUUAAAGGUCGUUUAUGUAACAUUUCUCUACGUUGUGUAACAUGAACGUGGAUUUUAACAUCUUACAAUGCUGCAAAUACUCAACUGACCAAAA